AUGUCUGGCCUCUUGGACCCCAUCUUUGGACCCGGUGAUUCGGAUGAUCAGACUCGACCAUCCAACAUGGCUCAAGAACCUCCCAAGGAGGGCCCCAUCGCUCCUUCUUCCUCGACCAUUGCGACCACCAGUGCUGUGCAGAAUCAACCCGACACGUCGACUCAACCUACCACCUCGCCGACCACAACGUCUACUCAGCAGCAGCAACAACAACCUCAGACAACGACGCAACCCACCACCAGCUCCACUACUACGUCGUCUUCGACCCCGGCUGCUUCUCCUCCUCCUCAAUCUUCAAGUUCAGCCCCUCCUGUUGCAUCGUCCUCCGCUGUAGUCACACCGUCCUCUUCUUCUUCCACAACCACGGUCAACAAUGCGCCAACCAUCAUCGAUGUACCAUCAUCAAGUACCACUACGACCGCUACACCUAUCGAGCAGAGCACGAGAACCGUUGUCGUCGUAGCCAGUGGUACCGUCUCUGUGCCCGGCCUACUCAGUAUCUCCGCGAGCCGACCCACCGGAUCUUCCAUAGCCGAUAACAGCGAAGGCAAAGGCGGUGUAGGCGGAUCGGGCCUCCCACUCGGAGCUGUCGUUGGAAUCGUCAUUGGCGGUCUGGUGGUCAUUGCCAUCAUCGCCAUCUUGGCUACACGUACCGUCAGGAAGCGAGCAAGGGAGAGAAGGACAGCGCACAGAAGCUCAAUGUUCGAGCCAUGGCCUGCUCCAGUCGCUCUCGAGGACGAGCCAUACGAGAAGCCAAGCUACGCAGACACUGCUCAAAGUUACCCGAUGCAAGAUACCAACACGGACGGAUACCACGAUGGAUCUUACCCUGCCUAUGGUGCAAGUCAAGCUUACCCUGCUUACGAUCAAUAUGGCCAAGCGACUCAACCGUAUGGUCAGCAACCAUACAUGGACGCAGGUAUCGCUGGAGCUGCUGGAAUGGGAGCCGGUGCGGCCGCCGUUGCUGGAGUGGCUACUGGACCAGGUGCCGAAGCUGGACUUCAGGACAACAUGAUGGUCAGAGUCAAAGUUGGAUUUGUCAGAAGUCUCGAGGAUGAACUUGCCAUCACUCCUGGUCAACAGCUCUAUCUUCACACUUCUUACGAUGAUGGCUGGUGUCUAUGCGAAGACCAAGCGCAGAACAGAGGCGUCGUACCCGUCAGCUGUCUCGAACCAUGGGAUGACAAUGCCAACAAUGGCAUUGUACCGAGCGCUUCCGAGGGCGCCCUCACCAACAUGUCGCAACGAAGGUCGAGCUUGUACCAGGUGUCCCCCAUCCCUGAAUAUCAAUAA